AUGACAGAAAGAUUGAAUAUCAACAAAAUCGAGGAAAGCACAGAAGAAUGGACUUGUAAAGUCCAAGUGGUAGAUAAAGGUCAUCCUCAAACCAACAGGGAGGGUAACAAGAAAUAUCAAUUGAUGAUAUUACAAGAUGAAGAGGAAACUCAAAUAAAAGUUGUCAUGUACGGUACAGAUAUCACACAUUAUGUAAAUGAGUUUGUUCCUUUCCAAACAUAUUUUCUAUCGGGGGCAUUUGUCUCCGACUCAACCAAGGCGUACGGAAAUCCUCUUUAUCAAUUCACCUGGACAAUUGAUAAGGGCAAGAUUGUUGAACCAAUAGAUCAGGUUAUACCCUCUGGACCACCACUUCUGCCACCAACGCUGCUAAAAGCUACAUCAUUUGACAGUUUCGACUAUCAAGCUAUAGGCUUUGAAUUAGAUAUUCUUGCCCUCGUGAUAAAUGGUAGCCCUCCAUCAUAUGCCUCAAAUGGGAGCAAAAUUCAAGAAUUCAUCAUCAUCGACUAUCAGUAA